UAGUAGCCACAAAGGAAAAAUUAUAAACAAAUACAAUGGCCACCUUAAAGGGUAAUUAUGCAAGGUCCUAUAAAGGCAAAACUAAUGAUCAACGUUUCCCAUUUUACCACAAAUCAUAUGGAACGCGUUUUAAUGCCGGAAACCACCCACACAGCCCUCAUCAUCUGUGCAUUCCUCACGUGCAUGGGUCUGACCUUCCUGAUCCUGGCCUGCGCCGUGCCCACCCCCAAGAUAUUCUACCCCUUCUUCGUGCUCCUCUUCUACGCACUGUCCGUGCUGCCGGUGUUCAUAGCCAAGCGGACAACGCCGGGCAACGAGACCAAUCCGAAGUCGGAGUUUGCCCUCUUCCUCACCGCUGGCAUGGUGCUGAGCGCCUUUGCCCUGCCCAUCGUCCUCGCCCACGCCUCGGUGAUCACCUGGAUGGCGAGCAUCCUGACAAUAAUUAGCAAUAUCAUUAACUACGGCACCAUCUUUGGGUACGCCAUGCGCGAUGACGAGCCCUACGGCUCCAUGUUCUAGAGGGGAGGAUCCAUAGUGUAGAUGCCCAGUAACUAGUCCCGGAAUGCAUUUGGGCUCUGUGGUUACUGGCUUUUAUCCGUAAGCACGUUUAUCCGCUGUCAUCAAUUAAUCUCAUAUUAUAAAUUGUAUUCAAAAAUCAAACGCAAACAAAAUAAACAGAUAAACACUA